AGUCUCUGUGCUCUCCUUCAUUUCUCACUCCAACAUGUUGGCAGGAGGAGAAAAAAGAGGAUGCUGCGCUCUACCCUCGGUGCGUUCCUGCCACCUUUCCAGCCAGCGUACACUGCCUCUGACUCAGUCUCAGCUUUCAGUUGUCUCCGCCUGAAGGACUUAAGAGAGGAGGUGGAGGCAGAGCUGAAGGAUACGCUGGAGAUCAGCUCUUGCACCAGGAACAGUAACAGCAUGAGAGCGGAUUGGGGCAACUGCUCCUCAUCUGUGGUGGAAACUAAUACCCCAGCAGUGACCACCUCCUCUGGUUUCCCACCCUCCUCUUCCUCCUUCCCUGCUCCAAGAUCCAUGUGGCAAGAGGCAAUAAGGAGGAAGCGGUAUUUCCUGGACCGGGCAGGGGAGUCUGGUGUAGGGGAAAAAGGAGGAAGAAGUCAGGAGAAGAGGAACAGGUCCCCAGACUGGCUAUACGAGUCCUACUACUGUAUGAGCCAACAGCAUCCCCUAAUUGUGUUUCUGCUGCUCAUAGUGAUGGGAGCCUGUCUGGCACUGCUGACAGUGUUCUUUGCUUCAGGACUGAACAUUGAGGACCAUGUGGCCUUUGUAAUCUCUGUGCCCACAGCACUGGCUAUCUUCUUGACUGUGUUUGUACUUGUUUGCAUUGAGUCAAUCUUCAAGAAGCUUCUGCGUGUUUUCUCCUUGGUCAUCUGGGCCUGCUUGGUUGCCAUGGGUUACCUUUUUAUGUUUUCUGGCGGGAUCAUCUGUCCAUGGGACCAGGUGUCAUUCUUCCUGUUCAUUGUGUUUGUGGUUUACACCAUGCUGCCAUUCUCUAUGCGAGACGCCAUCAUUGCCAGUGUCCUGACCUCCGCCUCUCACACCAUUGUGUUGAGUGUCUGCCUGUCCACCACAGCUGAUCACAUGGAGCCAGUAGUGUGGCAGAUUUUGGCCAAUAUUAUCAUUUUUGUGUGUGGCAAUAUGGCGGGAGCAUACCACAAGCAUCUGAUGGAGUUGGCGCUUAAACAGACUUAUCAGGACACCUGCAACUGCAUCAAGUCACCUAUUAAAUUGGAAUUUGAGAAGAGACAACAGGAGCGUCUCCUCUUGUCACUGUUGCCAGCGCACAUCGCCCGUGUGAUGAAAGCUGAGAUCAUUCAGAGGCUGAAGGGCCCAAACUUUGGGCAGAUUGAGAAUACAAACAAUUUUCACAACCUCUAUGUCCAGAGACACACUAAUGUCAGUAUACUGUAUGCUGAUAUAGUAGGAUUCACGCGACUGGCCAGUGACUGCUCACCUGGAGAGCUGGUUCACAUGCUGAAUGAGCUGUUUGGCAAAUUUGAUCAAAUUGCCAAGGAAAAUGAAUGUAUGCGGAUUAAAAUUCUUGGCGACUGUUACUACUGUGUGUCUGGCCUGCCAGAGUCUCUGCCGAAUCAUGCUAAGAACUGUGUGAAAAUGGGUCUGGACAUGUGUGAGGCCAUCAAGAAAGUACGAGAUGCCACAGGGGUUGACAUCAACAUGCGUGUCGGUGUGCAUUCGGGGAAUGUCCUGUGCGGUGUGAUCGGGCUUCAGAAAUGGCAGUAUGAUGUUUGGUCACAUGAUGUCACACUAGCCAAUCAUAUGGAGGCAGGUGGUGUACCAGGGCGAGUCCACAUAACCUCAGUGACACUGGAGCACCUGAAAGGUGCCUAUAAGGUAGAAGAUGGAGAUGGGCAGGAAAGGGACCCCUAUUUGAAGGAACAUGGAGUCAUCACUUACCUUGUCAUCAUCCCAAAGGUGGAACAUCGUAGCCCACAGCAUCAUUACCGUCCCAGACACACUCUGGAUGGAGCAAAGAUGAGGGCCUCAGUCAGGAUGACCCGCUACCUGGAGUCAUGGGGAGCAGCCAAGCCCUUUGCCAACCUACACCACAGAGACAGCAUGACUAAUGAGAAUGGGAAGAUCAACACUGCUGAUGUGCCAAUGGGGCAAUAUCAGUUCCAGCGGAGAUCAGAAAGGACAAAGUCUCAGAAGAAACGUUUUGAGGAGGAGCUUAAUGAAAGGAUGAUUAGGACCUUUGAUGGGAUAAAUUCACAAAAACAGUGGCUCAAGUCUGAGGAUAUCCAAAGGAUAUCUUUAUUCUUUCACAACAAAUCCUUGGAGAAGGAGUACAGAGCAACAACCUUGCCGGCCUUCAAAUACUAUGUCACCUGUGCUUGUUUGAUCUUUUUCUGCAUUUUUAUUGUGCAGAUUCUCGUCCUCCCAAAAACAACUGUCUUGGGAAUAUCCUUUGGAAUGGCUUUUCUUAUCCUUUCCUUGAUCCUCUUGAUAUGUUUCAUUGGACACUUCCUGCACUGCAGUAAAAGCACCUCUACUUCUUGGAUGUGGCUGCUGAGGUCAUCAGUUAUUAUUGCCAACAAGCCAUGGCCUCGCAUCACUCUCACCAUGACAACCACAGCUCUAAUACUCAUAAUGGCAGUCUUCAACAUGUUCUUUUUAGAAGAGAAUGUGCUGUCUCCACUUCCGGUUUACAAUUCAUCCAAUGAAACACUGUUGUACCCUAAUGGACAACUAACUAGCUUCACUGACAAAAACAAUUUCUACCUUCCUUAUUUAAUUUAUAGCUGCAUCCUGGGCCUGAUCUCUUGCUCCGUGUUCCUGAGAAUAAACUAUGAACUGAAGAUGAUUAUUAUGUUGACAGCUGUAGUGGUUUACAAUGUCAUCAUUCUAAAAACACACGCUUCCCUGCUGGACGAGUAUAGCAGAUUCCUGUACAAGACUGAAAGUCUGGACAGACCAGGAGUCCUCAAAGACCUGAAGACUAUGGGCUCUAUCUCCCUCUUUAUCUUCUUCAUCACUCUGCUUGUGCUCGCUCGACAGAAUGAAUAUUACUGUAGGUUAGACUUUCUGUGGAAGAACAAGUUCAAGAAGGAAUGUGAGGAGAUUGAAACCAUGGAGAACCUCAACCGGGUUUUGCUGGAGAAUGUUUUGCCCGCACACGUUGCAGAGCACUUCCUGGCACGCAACUGGAAAAAUGAGGAUCUGUACCACCAGUCCUAUGACCUGGUGUGUGUCAUGUUCGCCUCGAUCCCAGACUUUAAAGAGUUCUACACAGAGUCUGACGUCAACAAAGAAGGCUUAGAGUGCCUCAGGCUCCUCAAUGAAAUCAUUGCUGAUUUUGACGAGCUUCUGUCCAAACCUAAAUUCAGUGGUGUGGAAAAGAUCAAAACAAUUGGCAGCACAUACAUGGCUGCUACCGGGCUGAACGCAUCAGCUGGGCCUGAGAACACGUCACAGGAGUAUGACAGGCAAUACAUGCACAUAGGGACCAUGGUAGAGUUUGCAUUUGCUUUGGUGGGGAAGCUGGACGUUAUCAACAAACACUCCUUCAAUGACUUCAAACUCAGAGUUGGUAUUAACCAUGGUCCGGUGAUAGCUGGAGUCAUUGGAGCCCAAAAACCACAGUAUGAUAUCUGGGGAAACACCGUGAAUGUAGCCAGUAGAAUGGACAGCACUGGGGUCCUUGGAAAAAUACAGGUGACAGAGGAGACGAGUCGCAUCCUUCAGACCCUGGGUUACAUGUGCUCUUGUAGAGGCAUCAUCAAUGUCAAGGGUAAAGGAGAUCUUAAGACCUUUUUUGUGCACACAGAGAUGACCCGCUCACUAUCCCAAGGCAAUGUAAUGCCGUAAGACUGCUUCAGAAUAUGCUAAAUUUACACAGGCACAAAAACAGACAUUUCAGGUAGAGGAGGUUUGGUCUUCUCAACAUUGUGGUAACAAACAAAGUGGGAGGCACAACAAAAGUCAGAUCUGCACUGCAAGGCGGAGGAAAAUCUGAUUUUAAUGUUACAUUGAAAGUUGCCACAGCUGUACUAUACAUUUUAUCACUUAAUGUAACUAAGUGUAGCAUGUGCAGCAAGUAGGCAAUCACUCUUGAUAUAUUGUAAUCUGAAUGCUGGUUUUCAAAAAAGCCACAGUGGCUGAUUCAGUUCUGGGAAACAUGUGGCACUCACUUUGCCAUAAAAGCCUCUUUUUCAGCCAGGUGCAUCAGAAACAAACUAGAUUCCAUUCAUUUACAGUACACUUUGGAUGUCAAGCUCUAAAGUGUGUGCCAGCAGUUUUACAUCAAGGCCUGUUGAUGAACAAUGAUAAUUAAAAACUGUUGCUAUGGGUAUGAGGACAUUUGGGUUCCCCCAUCUUAACCAAGUGAUACACAAGGCCAUAGCUGGAACAAACAAAAGGGAAGACUGCAUGUCCACUGUUUCAAAGGUAAAGCUGGUUCUGUUUAAACCCGCAGCCAACAAGGAAAUGUGUGUACAUAAUCCAUUGACCUUGUUAGAAGUCUGGAUGUAUUCUACAGGCUGUCUAAGAUCAUAUAAAGAAACACACCCAAGUCUAUGAAUAUACUGUAGCAGGCAGAGUUUCCCAAAACUGUUUUUAUAUUUUAAUCAUCUUGUCUCUACUGACUGUUUACCCAAGACUAAAAACACUAAUUAAGUUUUAUGAUGAUGGUCAAAUUUGUCAGCACCUGCUAGAAAUAGAACAGCUGGUGAUUGCUGUUCAGACAAGGCUGACAGGAGCAGCCCUGAACCAAAAAGAUUUAAAAGCCAGGGCGGGUAAGACUACUGGAUUAAAACAGAGAUAAAGGUGAUUUUAAUGUGAGGAUUUUAAUUUUGGGAAACCUGAGCCUGAUUGUGUACAGGGUAGCUUUAGAUCGCUUAUGGUAUGGUGGUUUUGUAAGAAAAGAAAAUAUUACCAAAAAAGUGUUUUGAUGUUUUGAUGCCACAGUUUUUUUUUUUUU